GUGAUUGAUUAGUCAUUAAUUUGUUAUUGUCUAUACCAGAAAAUUGUUUGUUUUUAAUUGAUAAUUGUAAUUGUUUUUUGUUUUAAAUUUUAAUUGUUCUAGUGUUUUGGAAAGAAAGUUAAUCAACUCAAUGGAAACUAAAGCCAAAGGAAAGGCCAUCAAAGAUGAUGGUAAAGAUAAUCAACCUUUUGAGAAAGAAAAGGUUUAUCAAUGGAUAACCCAAUUGAUUAAUAUGGAAACUCGAGAAAACGCUUUACUUGAAUUGGGAAAGAAACGGGAAAUUGUUCCUGAUUUGGCAACUAUGUUAUGGCACUCAUUUGGUGCUAUAUCUGCUCUUUUACAGGAAAUUGUUAGUGUUUAUCCUGCUCUUAAUCCAGCUACUUUGUCACCUCAUCAAUCCAAUCGUGUUUGUAAUGCACUCGCUUUACUUCAAUGUGUCGCCUCUCAUCCUGAAACUCGCAGUGAAUUUUUGGCAGCUAAUAUUCCAUUAUUUUUAUAUCCAUUCCUUCAAUCAACAUCCACAUCAAAGACUCGACCCUUUGAGUAUCUACGUCUUACCAGUUUGGGUGUUAUCGGAGCUUUGGUUAAAACAGAUGAACAACAAGUUAUCAAUUUCCUUUUGACAACUGAAAUUAUCCCACUUUGUUUACGUAUCAUGGAAAAUGGUAGCGACCUUAGUAAGACUGUGGCCACUUUUAUCCUUCAAAAGAUUUUGCUAGAUGAAACCGGCCUAAACUAUAUCUGCCAAACUUAUGAUCGUUUCUCCCACGUCGCCAUGAUACUUGGAAAAAUGGUCAUCUCAUUGUCCAAAGAAUCAUCACCAAGACUUUUGAAACAUGUUCUCCGAUGCUAUUUACGAUUAAGUGAUAAUCCAAGGGCUCGAGAGGCUCUUCGCAAUUGUUUACCGAUGCCCUUAAGGGAUGAGACAUUCGCCGAGAUACUUGAUGCAGAGAAAUCAAGUCGCCAAUGGCUCAUCACUUUGCUCAAAAACUUGGAACGAGAAGCUGAGCAAUGAAAAUCUGACUAUGUGAUCAUGAGAAAAACAAAUUUAUCAUGAAAGUUUCUUAAUUUAGAGAAAUAUGAUUCUCUAUAUCUGUCUAUCAAUCUCUCUCUCUCUCUCUCUCUCUCUCUCUCUCUCUCUCUCUCUCUCUCUCUCUCUCUCUCUCUCUCUCUCUCUAUCAAAUCCUCUCUUGUCCUCUCUUCUAUCCUCCUUCUAUCUUAAGUUUCAUUUUAAAUUGAAUUAAUUCAAUCCAUUUUCAUAAUGUUCAUUUUUAAAUUAAUCUCUUAAUUGAUUUAACUCAGGCAUAAAUCUUCAACCACCUAAAGUGAUCAACUGCAGUCGAAUGUACAUUUAACAAGACGAAAACAAAAGUAAAUUCGAAACAUUUAAUUACAAUCAAAUUAAUAAACUACGUAAUUACAUGUACAAUGUA